GGGGGGGGAGGUGGAAAAAAAAAGGUCUGUCUGCAUGUGCAGUCUGAGGAAAUGCUGUGGGAACUGCAGCCCGGCGCAGGGCGUUUCUUUUUUUUUUCGCGUUGUGUUUGGUUUUGUUUUUGGUUUUUUUUCCCCCUGUGAUCUCCUCUCUUCUCCCCUCGUGUAGCUGAGAGGAAGGAAAAGAAGAAAGAGAAGUAGCUAGGUCAAAUGUGCCUCGCUGUGCCGCCGGGGUGCAGGGGCUUGGCUGGAAGGAUCUAGUUUCCCUUCGGUGGCAGGAAAAGGAGCCACGGGAGAAGGCAGAGCCGGACGCCAGCCAUGCUCGUCCCGUCAGGCUGCUGGCUCCUUUUCCUUUGCCUCGCUGCGGCUGGCAAACAGUUGUCAUUAGAAAUCACUCCACCAUGUGAAAGCGAACAACACUAUGAAUACUCUGGACGGUGCUGCAGGAAGUGUGAACCAGGGAAAUACCUGUCUGCUAGAUGCACCAGUACCUCUGAUACUGUCUGCCAACCAUGUGGUCCAAAUGAGUAUAUGGAUGUCUGGAAUGAAGAGGAUAAAUGCUUACUACAUAAAAUAUGUGAUCAAGGGAAGGCUUUGAAAGAAGUGAACCCAGGGAACAGCACGUCCCAGCGACGGUGUGCCUGUACCAUGGGCUACCAUUGGAGUGAAGACUGCGACUGCUGCCAGCGAAAUACCAUAUGUGCUCCAGGAUUUGGAGUCAAGCACCCCGUGCAACAGGACAAGGACACAACGUGUAUACCAUGUCCCAGAGGCUACUUCUCAAAGGUUGCUUCAUCCACCAAUGAGUGUAAAUCCUGGACCAACUGCACAGCUCUAGGAAUGAAAGAAAUCAGGCCUGGGACCGACAAAGCAGAUGCAGUUUGUGCAGAAUGGAAGAUGCCUGAGCUAUCAGAAGAUGGAACAAACAGGAUCUUAUACGUAUUAAUCCCCAUCUUGUUUUUUGUGGCACUAAUUGGCAUUGUCAUCUUCAUCAUAUACUACAAGAAUAAAGGGAAAAAGCUGACAGCAGAUCUACAGAACUGGGCUAAUGAAGUGUGCAGCCAAAUCAAAGGAACUAAGGAGCCCCCAAGAGAUGCAUUUGUUACAGUGAACAUCACAACUGCUGCUAUCCCCCAGACCUCUGAAGGCACACAUCUCCUGGACCCCACCGGGUCUCCUGGCCCUGGAAGCUCAUGCUGCACCAGUGGCCAUGCUCCUUGCAGGAAUGGGAGCCCCAGCAUGGUGCCAUGCAUGGUGGGAGGGGGCCUCCAAAAGUUCUCUGAGGUAACUGAGGCUGAUGAUGGUCGUUUUCCACCAGUUCCUACAGAAGAUGAAUACAUGGACAAGGAUCUUGACACUGCUGGUUAUUUAUCUUUGCUAAGUCAGACUGCCAGUAAGACCAUGUCAUCGUUUUCAGAACCGAUGGAGGCAGGGGAGAAUGACAGCCUGAAUCAGUACUUUUCAGGGAUUGAGAGCACAGAGGAUGUGUCAGUCUCUCAAGGCUGCCACCUUUCCUUCGGUGUAGAUGGGGAACACACUGUGAUGGACAAACUUCUUCAGAAAUCUUGCCAACAUGCCCCCAGUUGCCUGAAAGAAAUGGGCAACAAAGACACAGAUGGUUGUGCAACAAACUGUGACUCAGAGAAGAUCUGUGUGAGGUGUGGUAUUUCAUAUAGGGAAUCUCCCAGAAAGUGGAGUAAACCUGGUUGUGCUGUGCCUGACAGUGCCUCCACUUCCCCAGAAACUGGAUCCUCUGCACAGUGCGCCUGGGGCCUGAAUUCUCUUUCUGCUGGUCAGAGCACUCUAGCAAAUGAUCACAGUAUGGAGGAUGCAUCUUUGGACAGUAGCAACAUGAAGUACCAGAACACAAAGGGAAGCUCUUCAGGGACAAACAGCACCACUUCAGACCUCCCUCCAGCAUCUGGAAAUGUGACUGGAAACAGUAACUCCACCUUUAUCUCAAGUGGACAAGUAAUGAAUUUUAAAGGCGACAUCAUUGUCGUUUACCUUAGCCAAAACUCCCAGGAGGGGGCAACGGCCUCAGGACCAAGUGAAGAAAAUGUGGGCAGCCCUGUCCAGGAGGAGAACCUCAGCCGAUGUGAGACUUUUGCCGGCAAUGCCCAGCACUACAAGGAGAAAUGUGUGGAGCUGCAAGGCACCUCCCUGGUGACAGGGAGUGGGGGGCUGCAGCAGGGCCCAUCCUGCUCUAGUCAGGCCUCCCAGCCCGUGCAGGAGGAGGGGAAGCUGGGACACUGCUCAGAGAAAGUGUUGAACUGAGACAAGCUGGUGUCCUUGCUGUGGGCCAAGGCACUGACCAACAGCCUGUGAGGAGCUGCGAGGCUGCUCUGGUGGGGCUGCCGAAAUCCUGGGUAUCACUACACAUUUGGAGACUAAUACUGCCCAUGGUGUCUCCUGGGAAAUUUUACAGCUGUAAAGGACCCUUGUAGCUUAGGUGUUGUCAGUGGUGCUCUCAUUGAGAAGGUUACCAGUGGGAACAGGUGCACAUAAGAAGCUGGGUACACUGCCCUCACCAUAGGAGCAGCAGCAGGGCUCAUUUCUCCCCAACCCUGGGCAGCAGUCUCACUGACCAACCCCUACUCCUUAGCAUCUCUUGCCAGCAAGCAGUGAAGAAGAGCUGAAGAGAGCCUUCAGACCAGGGAUGUUGUGAGGAGGAGAGAGUUGCUGGCCAGGCACAUGGCAUACUCCCUGAGAGGGGCCAACAUGGCAGAGGACUGCACUGAAAGUGGCCUCUGAGCUCUGCCCUCUGCCUCGAAGUUUUAAUUUUGCAACUAAGCUGCACCCAUUUUGCUGAGUCCUGGGCCUCCUCCAUGCCUCUGGGAUGGAAAGAAGCAGCAGCCACCUCUGUCAUUGAGACGAGUACUGCCGCCAGCCUUUGCCUCCCUGUGGUGAUUUGGUACAUGAUAGGAGCCCUUUCCUACCUUUCUCCAAAGAAGCAGUCUCCACCAGCACCAGAGUCAAGAUCUUUGCCCCUUUAUAACUUGUGGGUAUGAGUAGGUACAAUAUUGCCUCAAGUGUGCAGUAACAGGCAAAAUACAGCUGAUACACCAUAAAAGCAGUCAUAGUUUUGGACUUUGAUUCACCUCUAUCUUAUUGCACCUUGUCAGAAGAAUUCAAAUCCCUGAAGGUGAGAGUGACGUGUGCCUAGCAUGCUGCUGCAUUAUUAAUAAUGGCACUGAAGUCUAAGACACAUAACUGUUUAGCAGGUGGAGGAGAGGCCUGUGAUAACCAGUUGUGAACACUUACUGAGUGACAGAAGAGAGAGGGGUUACCCAAAGAUGGAGAAUUUGGUCAGAGUCAAACACAUUCCUUUAUUUCCCCUAAAAACUUGUCAUUCUCUCUGAUACUUGUAUUAGUAAGGAGAACUUUAUUUGGGAAGCAUGAAGCUAUUUCCAGAGGUUGGCCUGUCUGAGCUGAAAUCAGAGUGCAGCCACUGUCACACAGAGCUGGUAAGCAACAGGACCAAAGGUUCAGAUUUAAAGCAUAAUACUAGUUGUAACCAUAAGGGAGUUUCAUCUCCUCAGUUGGUUUUUGUUCUAGGUCCUGUAUCUUGCAGUCUCCUCCAGCAGCCACCAUGGAAAGCUCAAGGGAAAAGAGUCUCAAUGAACUCCCAAGAAGAAAAGAUACUAUUUUAAAUUAUUUUCUGACAAGAGGUAAUUUUCUCCUGCAUGUGUGAGUGCUGCAGGAGGCUACCUUCACUCUGAGCCUUCAGGAGGGUCAUUGUCAUGUUUCCUGUCAGACAGAGAUCUCUUAUUUAGUGGGAUCACAUCUGCCCUAAUGGAGAAGUUCUCUUCUAGGGAGGACUUCUCCCUGGGAAGGUUUUGAAGCUGAAGGGUUUACUGUGUAUCUGCUGUGUUUGCAGCGUACUUUUCUGUGGGUGAAGAGCACCUCUAGAGCUGACAAAGUAGCAACUGUGUCACCAAAGGAUGAGCUUAGCCACCUCCUCUACUCAGGAGAAUACUUCUUUAUUAUUUAUAUAGCUGGGAUGUUAUCCCUGGGUUUCUGCCUGGCAAGUUAGACAUGGACCUCAAAGGGACCUGUUUAUCCUUCUGAUUUCCUUUGUCAUCAGUUUGGAGCUGGGGCUUUAUAACAUCUAUUUGUACAAUGGGGCCCUAUGCAUUGGGCACUAAUUUGAAGGCUUCUGGCUGCUAUUGCAAUACAUGUAAUUAAUGUCAAUAAAAAUCUUAAGAGAUCUA